UCAAAAUUUUACCGAGCAUUGGCUGUGAAGAAAGAGAUACGAUGACGUACAAGAUAAUAAUUGCUAAACGUAGCAUCGACACGACUGAACAAGUCCCGAGAUUAGCAAACCACAUUCAGGAAAAUGUAGAAAAUAGAAUUUCCUCAACAACGACGACACCGACGACGACGUCAAAAGAUGUCGUUGCCUCAACAAUUACCACAAUAAACAAUUCAUCGACAUCGAGGUUUUCCAUUGUUGUAGCAGGUACGACAACAAACGAGAUUAAUAUCACAGAAUUGUUUCGGAACUACAGCUCCAAAUCAGGUUUCAAGGGGAAACUCGAUCCACGCUAUUUGAACAACUCAAUUAAUCCGUUUUGGCUGCAAUUUGAGCCGCCGUCGCAUACGCAGCAUCUCACGUUCGCCAUUAUCUACAUGGGCAUGAUGGUUGUUGGCUGGUUUGGGAAUUUACUCGUCAUUUUCAUGUAUAUCAGAUUUCGUUCGUUGCGAACGCCGGCAAAUCAGUUGGUAAUAAAUUUAGCUGUUAGUGACUUCUUCAUGCUGUGUCUCGGUCCGGCAUUUGUUUACAAUAGUUUGCAUGAGGGACCAUUUGUGAGUGAAUUUGUUUGUCGUUUAUAUGGUUUAGUUGGAGGCUUAACGGGUACAGCUUCGAUUGCAACACUCACUUGUAUUUCCAUCGAUCGUUAUAACGUCGUUGUGUAUCCUUUGAACCCGUUGCGAUCAACGACGAAGCUCCGAUCGCGCAUCAUGAUUAUCGGGAUUUGGAUUUAUUCGUUACUUUUCGCGUGUGUGCCCUUUUUGGACAUCGGCUUGAGCAAAUAUGUUCCCGAGGGAUUUCUCACUGCUUGUUCCUUCGAGUAUUUGUCUCCGUCGAAGGAAGCGAAAAUCUUCAUGUUUACGUAUUUCGUGUUUGCGUGGGUUGUGCCGCUAACUAUCAUCAUUUACUGCUAUUUCUACAUCCUGCGAGUCGUUGUGUCGCCCAAAAGUAUCCGUUCGAGCAAAGACAAGAACAAGACAGAGAUAAAACUCGCACUUGUCGUCAUCGGCGUCAUUGGCUUGUGGUUUCUCGCAUGGACCCCGUACUCAAUCGUCGCUCUUUUGGGAAUUUCGGGCAAUGAACGUUACCUAACGCCUCUUGGUUCGAUGAUUCCUGCGGUUUUUUGUAAAAUUUCCGCAUGCAUCAACCCAUAUUUGUAUGCUGUGAAUCAUCCGCGUUUCCGUAGCGAGUUACGACGACUUUUGGGAUGUCCUGUGGAAAGUCGAUUCAAUUCCGAUAUGCGAACGUCGUUCAUUUCGAAGCAAAGUACGGUGCGAAGGACAGGCGGGCGUAAUGGCGUGAUAGAUUCGGCACAAGUAGCAACUCAAACGCACGCUUCAACGACUAACAACAACGAAUGUCCAAAAAUGAUGCCCGAAAUGGGAAGAAGAGCACCCCCAAUAAGACGGGCAACAACUUCCAUUGAUACGGAAAUGUCGGAUGACACUGCAGGCGAGUCGCUGAUGAUGGAUUCGUCGGUGUAG